AUGUUCAUCGGACAGAACACCAAGAACUCCGAGCUGUGGCAGAUAGCUCAAGGUGCAAACGAAAGCCUCCGCGACUUCAUCCACCGCUUCAAAACAGUGGUUGCCCAUUGCACAAUAAGCGAUGAAGCCGCCCUCCUGUGCAUGCAGAAAGGAGAUCAGAUAAAAACAAGUUUUCAAAGCGCGAUCAAGCAUAACCCACCUCAGACCUUGGAGGAUGCCUUGCACCGAGCUAAUACUUACAUAGCAGAAGAGGAAGAAGAAGCAGCUCACGAUCAAAGCUACACAGCCAAACAUCUCGAACGACCUAAAGCUGAUGCUUACGAGCCCCAAUCAGGUUACGACAGAGGAUACAAGAAUCGUAAAAGGUUCUACACCAACGCCGUCCCACAGCCGAACAAGCAAUGGAACAACAAAUGGAUUCGCAAUAAUGAGGACCAAGAUGAGACGUUGUUCUGCGAAUUCCACAAUCACAAAGGACACAGCACCGAAGAUUGCAGACACUUACGGGAAUACUUGCUCGCACAGUAUCGAAAAGGGCAGAUCUCACUUGACGAUCUCCGACUUUCAACCGAACAGAGGAACAUGUCACUCCGACCUAAUAAUACACAGCCCAAUAAUACCGUUGCAAAGGACCUCCCGGCAUUACCACCUCCUCCACUGAUGUUACCGAAUCCACCCGCUCAACCCGAGCAACAGAAACGCAACCGCGACAAACCGGCACCCGAGAACCACGCUCCCAAAGCCAGAAAACGCGUCAAUAUGAUAAUGGGAGCCAUCGAAACUUGCAGCUACUCAGUUUGGGUAAUCAAGGAGUACAGCCGGUAG